AAUCCCAACUUCCCAUUUCCCAGAAUCAUUAAUGACCUAAACCCUAAAUUUCUCAACUUCUCUCACUCUUCCUUUUUAAAAUGCACUGUCAACUCUCUGUUUCCUUCUAAAACCCGCCAUGGCGGACCUCGAAACCGCAUCGGCUGGGAAAUUCCGGUACCGGAGACUGAGGUACAGCGAGGAGUUUGAGGAGGCGUUUGGUCGAUCUAGAGAAGGAGGAGGAGAAGGGAUUAGGAAGAGAUGGAGGCGGCGGCGGUGGUGGUUCAGAAUGAGAAUGAGAAAGGGUUCUUCUUCUUUGUCGAUUGGGAGGAGGUUGAAGAAACUGAGAAUCCCAAGCUUGAGGAAGCUGUUGAGGAGGAAAUGGCGACUGGUGAAUGCGAUGAGAGGAUCGAUUGCGAAGGUAGUGAAGAGAUUUAGAGAUGGAGAAGCGUAUUUGGGAGAUCUUUUUGCUGGAAAUUACUUGUUUCUUCAGGUUAAUCCAAGCUCUAUGAAAUGCUUGAAGAAUCAUCAUCAUCAUCAACAACAACAUGGAUUUGAUGUUCGGAAUUUCCCUCAAACUUAUUCACUUCCAAGCUUUAUCUAAUUAGUAAUCAGUAUAGUUUGGUUUUCUUCUUAAUUUCUCUUAUAAUUGUUGUGUUUUAUGUGAUUCCUCACUCCCUUUCGAAAUUUGAAUGUUAAUUAAUAAUCAACCACUGAUGAACUGACCA